AUGACUAUGGACAUGAGGAAUGGAACACCUAUCCAGGAAUUCAUACUGGAGGGAUUUCCUGCUAUCCAGCACCUAGGGAAGGUUCUCUUCUCAGUGCACCUGCUAGCAUACCUGGCUUCCAUCACAGGAAAUGCAGUCAUUGUCACCAUCACCUGUACCAACACUCAUCUCCACACACCCAUGUACUUUUUCCUCAGCCUUUUCUCUUUCCUUGAGUCUUCUCUAACAAGUGCUAUCAUUCCCAAGUUGCUGGUCAUCUUUUUAUUAGGCAAGCAAACAAUUUCCCUUGUUGCCUGUUUUGUACAAGCUUUUAUAACUAUAUUUCUGGGAGCAUCAGGUUUCCUCCUCAUAGCUGUGAUGUCUCUGGACAGGUAUGUGGCCAUUUGCAAGCCUCUGCAUUAUCCCAGCAUCAUGAACCUGAGGACUUGCCUCCUCCUGGUCACUGCCUGCUGUGCUACGAGCUUCAUCCUCAUCACAAGUCUGCUCAUGAAGGUUUCCCAGUUAUCAUUUUGUGGCCCCCAUGUCAUCCCUCACUUCUUCUGUGAUAUUGGCCCUCUGAUCCAUCUCUCUUGUUCUGACACCAGAGCUACUGAAUUGAUGGCCUUUGGUUUCACUUCAUUUAUCAUUUUGUCAUCUCUCAUCAUCACCAUCAUUGCGUACAGCAACAUAGUAGUCACUAUCACGCGUCUCCCAUCAGCCAAGGAGCGGCAGAAAGCUUUCUCCACCUGCUCGUCUCACCUCAUUGUCCUCUCUCUGAUGUAUGGCAGCUGUGUCUUUAUAUAUGUGAAACCAAGGCAAAGGAGCAGGCCGGACUCCAACAGAGAGGCUGCCCUUGUGAACACGGUGGUGACACCCCUGCUGAACCCUGUCAUCUACACCCUGCGCAACAAGCAGGUGCACCAGGCUCUGAGGGAAAUGGUGUGCAGAAUGAAAAUCUCGAGAUAA